AUGUGGAGCCUGCGAGGGAUUGCGUGGACUCUGUGGCCGCUGCUGCUGGCCGCGGCUGCCGGCGGUGACAUCAAAGCGCGGAGCUGCAGCGAAGUUCGACAAGCUUAUCACGCCAAAGGAUUCGGUCUCGUCAACGUUCCACACCAGGAAAUAUCAGGUGAGCACCUGCACGUGUGUCCUCAGGGGUACACCUGCUGCACGUCUGACAUGGAAGACAAACUCCACCAGCAGAGCAAGCUGGAGUUCGAGAAGCUGGUGGAGGAGAGCAGCCACGACAUGAGGGCGACGUUUGUUUCCAGGCACAAAAAGUUUGACGAAUUUUUCUUGGAGCUCCUGGACAAUUCCGAGAGGUCUCUGAGCAGCAUGUUCACAAGGACCUUUGGGAAGCUUUACAUGAAGAACUCGGAGGUGUUCCAGGACCUGUUCACGGAGUUGAAGCGCUACUACACGGGGGGCAACGUCAACCUGGAGGAGAUGCUCAACGACUUCUGGUCCAGGCUGCUGGAGCGGAUGUUCCAGCUGUUGAACUCCCAGUACCACUUCACGGACGAUUACCUGGAAUGUGUCAGCAAAUACUCGGAUCAACUCAAGCCCUUUGGAGACGUGCCCAGGAAACUGAAGGCUCAGGUCACCAGGGCCUUGAUUGCCGCACGAACAUUUGUCCAGGGCCUCAUGGUCGGUCGGGAAGUUGCCAACAGGGUCGCCAGGGUGAACGUUGCUCCGGCAUGUGUCCGAGCCCUGACCAGGAUGCUGUACUGUCCCUACUGCCGCAGCAUGCCUGGACUCAAGCCCUGCCAGAACUACUGCCAGAACGUCAUGAGGGGCUGCCUGGCUAACCAGGCCGACCUCGACCCGGAAUGGAACGUCUUCAUCGACGCCAUGUUGCUGGUGGCAGACCGGCUGCAGGGACCGUUCAGCAUCGAAGCGGUCAUCGAGCCAAUCGACGUCAAGAUCUCGGAAGCCAUCAUGACCAUGCAGGACAACAGCGGGCAUCUGUCGGCAAAGGUUUUUCAACGCUGCGGGCCACCGAAAUCCUCGGGGACGGGCAGAUCUGCUCGUGGCAUUUCCGACGUAUUCAGUGCUCGUUUCAGACCUUUCCCUCCGGAAGAAAGGCCAACCACAGCCACGGGGACGUUCCUGGAUCGAUUGAGGGGUGUCUGGAGGACAAUGCAACACAGUGUGAUGGACAUCAAAGAGAAGCUGAAGGUGUCCAAGAGAUUCUGGUCCAAUUUGCCGGACGAAGUCUGCGCCGAGGGCAAGCUGACGGAGCCGGACGAGGAGCAGUGUUGGAACAGCCACGCCAAGGCCAGGUAUUUCCCAGAGGUGGUGAAAGAGGGACUGACCAACCAGGUGAACAACCCGGAGGUGAACCUGGACAUCACUCGGCCCGACACUUUAAUCCGACAGCAAAUCAUGGCCCUGCGAGUGAUGACCAACAAGCUGAGAAACGCAUACAAUGGAAACGAUAUCUACUUCCAAGACUCAAGUGACGAAGGCAGCAGUUCCGGCAGUGGCAGCGGUUGCUCCGACGGAUGUACCACGGAAGCUACUCUUCCGGGAUCCGAAGCUCCGGUGAUCGGAGGCGACAGAAGCGACGAACGCACGGCAGCGGCAGGCAAGACGUUCUCCCACAGACCGUCGCCGCUAUUGAUGGCGACCGCCGUGGUGGCGACACUCAGCGCCACACAGCCCAGAUGGAGAUAAUACACUCCAGCCGGCUGGCAACAGACUUUUCUAUACCGCAGUUUGUUCUACAGCUGCUUCCUCGCCGGACCUGGAGAACUGACCUUGUUGAGAAUGGCCGAACAGUGCUCGUCGUCCCCCAAAGACCGGUGGCCGACAACCGGCUUUCACCCUAUGGAACAAAAAAAAAGGCAGUUUCUCACUGUUCCGGAGUGCGUUUGUUUUCAGUGAAUGCAGGUGAAAACUCACUUUUUCAACGGUUCCACCAAUGAUUUCCCAGAUAACACAGGAACGUGUACCUUUCCUCGGUACGACCACAUUCAGUUUGUCUUUCCAGAGAAAACAAAAGGCUUACUGUGUGCAUGCAAGGAACUAAAACUCAGAUAUCUAUCUAUCAUUUCUUCAAUGCAGUUCUGGACUCUAAGGUUGGCUUUCAGUUAGUAAACAAUCUCGGGAUGGUCCGGUUUAUGAAAGAAUCCGAACACAUUUUUCGGAUUCUGUUUUUGGCAGAGGUAGUCACGGAAUCUACUACGAAGCGCGGAACUUGUGACUGGAAUGCGUGUCUGGUGAAGCGUGGGCAAUCGGGAUGGGUACGGAAUCCGACCGAAUCCCGGUGCUAUGUUACGGUAUCUCGGUUGCGUGUGAUGUCACGGUCUUCGCACUGGCCAACAAAGAAUUUGACUGAUAAGAACGUUCAAACGUAAGUAAAGUAAGGCUCCACUUUUCCAAAAAAGUGCUAGCUUGAUGCUAAUAUACAUUGGCUUCACUAUUGACAUGCUACUGAUUAGCAUUAGCGAUUUUGCGAAGAGAUGUCAACACGUCCAAAUUAAACUACAACUAACAAAAUGACACAUUAUAAACUUUCGACGACAGCCAUCUGACGUCUUGGACUUAGUCAGGUCAUUUUUAAAUGUUGCGAUAAACCGUUUUUUUAUUCAUCAAGCGAUGCGAUAUGGCUCCGGUUAAAAGGGACCUUUGACGAUUACA